CUCCUCCCCUCCCGUCCUCCUCCCCUCCCGUCACUCACGGCUCGUCUUCGAGGACGCACGGAAGGCACAGCGCGCGCCUUAUCAGUCUGCCCUCCCUCCCGUCUCUCCGCCAUUAUUCAUUAUUACCCCCUUGUUUUUCUCCUGCUAGCCCCACAGGUCGCCACGGCGCUGGAGACUUCAACCCGUUUUCCUCCGUUUGGUUUACAGAGGAGAGGCAGCCCCCCUCCCUCCCUUUCCUCCUCUCCUCUCCUCGUUGCUGCUCCCUGCCAGACAGACAUGCUGCUCCACGGUGGGUGCUCGCGCUUCCCGCCUCCUCUCCCCUCCGGGACCCGGUGAGUAGCGAGGUCUGCUGAGACCAUAAAGGGUUAACUCUCCUCCAGCGAGGUCUGCUGAGACCAUAAAGGGUUAACUCUCCUCCAGCGAGGUCUGCUGAGACCAUAAAGGGUUAACUCUCCUCCAGCGAGGUCUGCUGAGACCAUAAAGGGUUAACUCUCCUCCAGCGAGGUCUGCUGAGACCAUAAAGGGUUAACUCUCCUCCAGGCUAACCAACGUGACCAGAGUGACGGGACCAGAGACUGACCACAACGUGACCAGAGUGACGGGACCAGAGACUGACCACAACGUGACCAGAGUGACGGGACCAGAGACUGACCACAACGUGACCAGAGUGACGGGACCAGAGACUGACCACAACGUGACCAGAGUGACGGGACCAGAGACUGACCACAACGGCACUUUCUCCAAUCGUGUUCCCUGUUGUCAUGUUUGAUCUCACCAGGUCCAUCUGUGUAGAGAACAGUCUAACCAGGUCCAUCUGUGUAGAGAACAGUCUAACCAGGUCCAUCUGUGUAGAGAACAGUCUAACCAGGUCUAGUGGUGUAGAGAACGGUCUAACCAGGUCUAGUGGUGUAGAGAACAGUCUAACCAGGUCUAGUGGUGUAGAGAACGGUCUAACCAGGUAUAGUGGUGUAGAGAACAGUCUAACCAGGUCUAGUGGUGUAGAGAACGGUCUAACCAGGUCUAGUGGUGUAGAGAACGGUCUAACCAGGUCCAUCUGUGUAGAGAACGGUCUAACCAGGUCUAGUGGUGUAGAGAACAGUCUAACCAGGUCUAGUGGUGUAGAGAACAGUCUAACCAGGUCUAGUGGUGUAGAGAACAGUCUAACCAGGUCCAUCUGUGUAGAGAACAGUCUAACCAGGUCUAGUGGUGUAGAGAACGGUCUAACCAGGUCCAUCUGUGUAGAGAACAGUCUAACCAGGUCUAGUGGUGUAGAAAACAGUCUAACCAGGUCCAUCUGUGUAGAGAACAGUCUAACCAGGUCUAAUGGUGUAGAGAACGGUCUAACCAGGUCUAGUGGUGUAGAGAACAGUCUAACCAGGUCCAUCUGUGUAGAGAACAGUCUAACCAGGUCUAGUGGUGUAGAGAACAGUCUAACCAGGUCCAUCUGUGUAGAGAACAGUCUAACCAGGUCUAGUGGUGUAGAGAACGGUCUAACCAGGUCUAGUGGUGUAGAGAACGGUCUAACCAGGUCUAGUGGUGUAGAGAACAGUCUAACCAGGUCUAGUGGUGUAGAGAACAGUCUAACCAGGUCUAGUGGUGUAGAGAACGGUCUAACCAGGUCCAUCUGUGUAGAGAACAGUCUAACCAGGUCUAGUGGUGUAGAGAACGGUCUAACCAGGUCUAGUGGUGUAGAGAACAGUCUAACCAGGUCUAGUGGUGUAGAGAACGGUCUAACCAGGUCCAUCUGUGUAGAGAACGGUCUAACCAGGUCUAGUGGUGUAGAGAACGGUCUAACCAGGUCUAGUGGUGUAGAGAACGGUCUAACCAGGUCCAUCUGUGUAGAGAACGGUCUAACCAGGUCCAUCUGUGUAGAGAACAGUCUAACCAGGUCUAGUGGUGUAGAGAACGGUCUAACCAGGUCUAGUGGUGUAGAGAACGGUCUAACCAGGUCUAGUGGUGUAGAGAACAGUCUAACCAGGUCCAUCUGUGUAGAGAACGGUCUAACCAGGUCUAGUGGUGUAGAGAACGGUCUAACCAGGUCUAGUGGUGUAGAGAACGGUCUAACCAGGUCUAGUGGUGUAGAGAACAGUCUAACCAGGUCUAGUGGUGUAGAGAACGGUCUAACCAGGUCCAUCUGUGUAGAGAACGGUCUAACCAGGUCUAGUGGUGUAGAGAACAGUCUAACCAGGUCCAUCUGUGUAGAGAACGGUCUAACCAGGUCUAGUGGUGUAGAGAACGGUCUAACCAGGUAUAGUGGUGUAGAGAACGGUCUAACCAGGUCUAGUGGUGUAGAGAACAGUCUAACCAGGUCUAGUGGUGUAGAGAACGGUCUAACUAGGUCCAUCUGUGUAGAGAACAGUCUAACCAGGUCUAGUGGUGUAGAGAACGGUCUAACCAGGUCUAGUGGUGUAGAGAACGGUCUAACCAGGUCCAUCUGUGUAGAGAACAGUCUAACCAGGUCCAUCUGUGUAGAGAACAGUCUAACCAGGUCUAGUGGUGUAGAGAACGGUCUAACCAGGUAUAGUGGUGUAGAGAACGGUCUAACCAGGUCCAUCUGUGUAGAGAACAGUCUAACCAGGUCCAUCUGUGUAGAGAACAGUCUAACCAGGUCUAGUGGUGUAGAGAACGGUCUAACCAGGUCUAGUGGUGUAGAGAACAGUCUAACCAGGUCACAACCACCACGGUCAGUGCUGUGCGGUCACCAUGGACGGUUGUGGUCUAACCCCGGUCUUGGACUAUACGGCUGAGAUGGAGCGAUACCGAUCUUUCGCUAACUUCUACGCUAAAACUAACGUGAACAUGAACGCAGUUAACAGCAUGAACUUCCCUCAGUCGGCCAAGCUCGCCCGGAUCACUCCUCCCAUGUUCCCUGGCGGCAGGCUUGGCGUAGCGGGAGU